UUCUUAUGACUUGCUUGAUUUUUUCAUUAAUCUUGUUCUAUUUAUUUUCAUUGUCCUUAUUUAAUCAACCCGUUGUUGGAUGUAUGGCUGGUGGGGGGCAAACGUUUAUUUGUUGUCCACCAUUCUCGUCAAUUGGAUGUUCUCCUUCUGUGCCUAUUUGCAGUGGGUAUUCUAGUUAUGGAGGUAGUUAUGAAGCUCCCCAACAAAUAUUUUAUCCACGUCCUUUUACCUAUCAAAUAAAUAAUGAAUGCAAAGAAUUUAAUUGUGGAAGUUGUGAUGAGAGUGUUGAGGAAGAAGAAGAAUAUCAAAAAAUUAAAAUUGAUUUAGAUACAAAUUCCGAAAGUGGAUGUAAUCAACAACAACAACAAAAGCCUUGUCCUUCAACGGGAUGUAUUGCUACUUUUAACCAAUUCCCAAGCUCACUACCUUCGUGUAAUGGAGCUUCGAAUUGUAAUAAUGAACAGCUUCCUUUAUCCAUUUCUGACGAAAACCUUCCUUGUAUUGAUGGCUGUUCUAGCGAAACAAAUUUACAAAUAAAUUCCCCCUGUAAUUCCCCAAUUAAUUGUCACAACAAUAAUUAUUUAAAAAUCCUCCCUCCUUCUGAUUCUCUUCCAAUUCCUUUACCUUUCGCAACAACUUCAACAGAAUUUCCUAUUGCUGUUUCUCCUGAUAUUUUUAAUAAUAAUCAACAAGAUUAUGAAAGUUUGGAUAAUAAUGAAUUGUUAGGCACUUCUUCGCUUUUUCCAACCUUUCAAACUUCCUCCUUUUUAUUUCCUUCUCCAGUUGAAGUUUCUCCUUCUAAUAGCGUUGAGGAAAUAUUACAAGCGAGUACUUUAACGUCCACAAAUACUGAAGAAGGUACUUGGAGGGGUUGGGUCUUCCACAUUCUUUAG